AUGUUGAUGUAUUUAUUGGUAAUUUUGGGAGCGACAGGAUGUCUACCGAUGUGCAGUGGACGAGCAGUACCACACCAUAGACUUCGUGGAGCAGGUAUUGGACGGCUACAGAAUACGACACUCACCAAUGCCACGCUGUCCCCGAUAGGGCAGCUGGGUGGCGAAGUGUUCUUGGAGGGUUGUCAAAUAGAGAACUUUGGUCCGACACUGUUCGGAAUGUUGCAGCGGAUAAGCUGUCUGACGCUUCGCGGUGGAUUCAUUCCCACCGUUACAUUUCAUUCGCACACGCUCGAUACGCUCGUGAUCGAUGCGACGGGUUUGCAGCUGUUUGAUGUGCUUCCUUCUGAGGUUGCUUACACAAGGCUGCGCAUUCUUCAGAUUACACGCACCAACUUGAAACACCUUACGCCGCACGUAUCACUGUUGGUGGGUCUUAAACGGUUGGACCUAUCCCAGAACCAACUAACCUACGUCGAUCUGGAUGUGCUGGGUGCGAUGCAACGGCUGCGAGAUCUCGAUCUGUCUGUGAAUAGGAUUGUCCGAUUGGACGCUUCGCCCGAGCUGCAGCUGGCGGGCCUCCGCAACCUCUGGGUCAGCUAUAACCGAUUGCGUACGUUCGGGGCUUUCCCGGGUGCGUUCCCGGCACUUGACACGGUGCGAUUGAUAGGCAAUGCGUGGCACUGUUCAUGGGUGGAUCGAGCGCGGGCCAACAUUAUACGUCACGGGAUCACGGCUUUCGGGGCUGAUUACGAUUGUCCGGGCGAGCGCCAGGGUGGACUUUGCUGUUACGCUGAUGACGCGCUCGGUGAGGAAGAAGCGCAGCCGACGACGACGCUUGAGAUCACGAUCGGAACGCAGCCGGCCGAUGGCGAUGAUCUCACGCUGCGGGAAUCGAACCGAAGCACGGAACCGAUAGGAGUACGGUACGGUGAGGUGGAGAUCUUUCUGUGA